AUGUUAUUACAAAUUCUUCGCUUCACGCUCCCAGCCUCCACGACAAUCUCAAGCCCCGCGUUCUUGAGCCUUCGAAAAGCUGUGGCAACGGCUGGGGUUAAGAUCCAGUACUUUGGCUACUCCGUGGUAGCUCGAGUGGCGCCCCUACCCAAGAAGAGACACGAAGUAUCUUGGAUUAUUCAAUGGCCGGAUGAUUUAGAUCUGUCUCAGCGACCCGCUCUCAAAGAGACAUUCGACGAACUGUCGCAGAACAGCGCCACGAGCUUCCUGGUAGAUAUUCCGCGCGAUGACCCGGCCGAUCUACUGACGGCGUUGAAAGCGCCGAUUUGCGAAGUGGUACACUCAACUAGCUACUCUCAAAGUGGCUUUGUGGGAGGCGACUGGGGCUAUGCGGCCAAUACUAACAUUUCUGGAGGCGGAGAUGUGGCCUUGGUUGAAGGGCGGCUCCAGGACGAGCAGCGGAGGCUUGCGAUAUACUUUUUCGGAUGGGAGAGUGUCGAGCUUCAUGAAGAUGCUGGCCAUACUGCCAUAUUUGCCGAGGAGAUGGAUAAGCUGAGACCUUGGAUGGACAAGGAUAGCGGCGCGUGCAAAGCCCUCGCCUCCAACAAGGCCUGGAAAGCACUUCUUGAGACCAUUCCUGGAUUCAGACCGCUGAACCUGAAGCGAAAGCUGAUUCACUGCGGCAUGCGCGACGUCACUGAGGAUCAGAGAGACGGCGUCGUUCAUGCUGGUUUCCCUGUUGUAUGGGGUAGCACAGAAGAAAAGGUGAACUUCAAAGAUGAGCUCCAGUCGUUGUUGAUCCAGAAAGAUGCCUGCCCUAGAGCGGUCCAUCUCGAUCUCGACUACCUCGACAUGUCUGUUGGUAUUGCCAACAAGUACGUCGCACCUGGUGGUCUGUCAAAGCAGAAUCUUGUGGGAUGUAUGGAUAUGGUUCCGGCAAGAUCUUGA